AUGACCAACGGCGUGGCAAAUCAUCAUCGAAUAUCGAUCAUCUCUUCAUUCGGCUAUUUCUAUCCUCCACAUGGAUCCACCGGACUAGGCAGACCGGCACCCACUCCACAGUCGAGUACUUCGACUACACCGCUGAGGACCUUUGGAGAAGCGACGCCUUCUCCCAUUCUGGACAACAUUGCUCGCAUUACGACUCGUUCAAAGACGACUACCCAGGACAACUCCGACUCAUCGCGAUCUUCACCACCGGAAACCGUAAGUCCAGUUGAUCCUGUUCUACUCGGUGGAGGCAUGUCCUCAACCGAGGUUAAUGCCUUAUCUCAAGCUUAUAGCGGCCUUACCCUCGGGAAGCUCGCACCUAAACACAUAGAUUAUUUUUCUGGGGAAAAUUUCCAAGACUUUAACGAAUGGCAUCGUCAGUUUGAAGACAUCAUACGCACUUCCGUAGUCCCACUUCCCGAGCAAGGUAAAGUAAAUACGCUGUAUGCAACUCUAAGAGGUGAGGCGCGCGAUGUUAUAGAUGAAAUGCAACCUGAAGAUAGGAAUAACUAUGACAAAAUCAUUUCAUUUCUUCGCUCGCAUUUUGAGAAACCACAGUUUCAGGAUGCUGCCAAACGCGAAUUAGCUAAUUGUAGGCAAAACGUAGGGGAAGAUGUCUAUUCUUACAGUAAGCGCAUAAAAAAGGCCGUGUAUAACUUCAUGCGCCACGAACCUCAAACUAAAAUUCAACAAAAACUUCUGGAAGAGUUUGUGGAUCGCCUAAGAUUAGACUUGAAAUUUUUUGUUCGACCACAUAAAUGUAAAACUUUUGAGGAUGCCCUGGAGAAAGCGGCGGAUUAUGAAGCGCUCCACAAGGAAGCAUCCGACAACAACUUGGUCUACCAUCCAGAGCUGCACAUAUUCGUCCCGAAGGCCGACCUGACGAGAAGAACGACACCGGAAACCAUUCAAGAAAGAAUGGAUCCACCAAUGGCCGACAACUUCAGACCAAGAGAGAUAAUGUCUGACUAUCUUGCUUCCAACGUUUCCAUGGACGUUACCUCGUCAGAGGAACCUCCGACAACACCAACUGUAGCACCCGAAUCCUGUGUUUCGGAGACAUCACCAGGUGAUGUGCAUCUGGAGGAGGAGAAGAUCGACGCUCAGGACGUAGAGACGUCCUUGACCACGUCGAUCACCGAGUCGUCGAGUGCAAAGGAUGGGGAAACGUCCUCGAUCGCUCCUGAUGCCAAACCUCCGAUGGCAACGGAAUCACAGGACACUCAGGCAACCGGCGUCACAGUGGGCACGGUCGACAGUGCGCAAGGAUCUGAACGAUCCGUAGUCAUUCUGUGUACCACCAGGACACAAAUGGAAACAAGGACCACGAGGACGUUUUUCUCGGACGAAAAAAGGCUGAACGUGGCGUUGUCCCGUGGACGUCGAAACAUGGUCGGCCAUCGUCCGUUGGUGCCGCGAAGCUGGCGUCGUCACGGACCUCAACUUCUUCGACAACCAGAUGCGGCCGAUGUUACGAUACUGAGUCCGAGGACGGACUCUUGUUAA